GCUCGGAUCGACCCGGCGUCAGUCAACCCGAACCAUAAUUUAUUUAAAAUAGAAAAUCGAGCUACACCUUAUGUAAUCAAAAUAGACGAGUAACAGUUUCUUUACCAUAACACUUGUGGCAUGGACGACGAUUCUAGGACCCCUUUCUCCAAUCUCGCCGCCGCCGGGAGCGUUCUCCCCACUACCGACGAGGCUUCAUCGUCAACAAUUAGGUCGGUGCGGACCGAAUGGCCGACGAUCGACGGCCCUCUCGGCCUCUCUCACGAGGAUUCGCUAACCUACGCCCGUAGAUUCUUCAAAUUGGGGUUUUUGUGCCUGCCGUUCCUGUGGGCGGUUAGUUGCUUCUAUUUCUGGCCUGUCCUCCGCCACCCCCGUUCUCAUCAGUCUCACCCGCGCCUCCGCCGUUAUCUUGUUGGAUCAGCAAUUGGUUUCCUCCUGUUCACAACAAUUCUUUCUUCAUGGGCUCUUACCUUUGCAAUUGGAGGGGAGCGUCUGUUUGGCCAUGUUUGGGGGGAAUUAGUAAUGUACAAUGUAGCAGAAAAAUAUGGUUUAACAGGAUGGAUCUAGACGUAAUUACUUGUAUUUGUUUAUCUGCAUGAACAAACCAUGUAUUUCUUUUUCUGAGAGGAUUUGGGAUUCUAUUUGCAGUUUCUGCGUUUUAA